UUUUUUGCGCCGACGUGACGAUCAAUAUUAAGCAAUGAGCUCUCCGCCUGUAUAUGUGCCAACGCAGGUGCGCGACGCGUGGUUCCAGAAGCUCCGCUCGUCCGUGGCCAAUAAGGGAUGCUUCGAUUGCAACAAGCGCCACCCGACGUGGGCUACGGUCACGUACGGCGUCUUUAUCUGCUUGGACUGCUCGGGAUACCACCGCCGUUUGGGUGUCCAUCUGUCAUUUGUGCGCUCCAUCGACAUGGACGAGUGGACUGAGGAUCAGCUCAAGACCAUGAGCGAAGGAGGGAACGCCGAGGCUCGCAAGUUCUUUAAGCAAUAUGGCGCCGCAGAGAUGACGAGUAUUGAGGCCAAAUACAACUCCAAGGCGGCACAGAUGUUCAAGAUCGCAUUGGCUAAGAAGGCUAAGGCGUCCACGCUGCAGAUUGUCGCCCCAGUAACGGAAGAGGACACUCGUGACCAUGAUAUUGAUGGUCUAGAGGCAUUAGUGAAGCACGUGGAGAUCAAGAGUGAGACGAAUAACGCUGCUGCAGUGCAUGGGCACUUGAAGCGUGAAGUUCCUGCUGCAACUCCAGCUGUGAAGAAGCCGUCACCGGUUUUAUCGACUGCUACUCAACCGUCAGGUUUGCUGAGUGUUAACCGCCCGGUAGUGCUGCUAGGAGCAAAGUCCGGUGAAGUGAUGACACCUGCUACGAAAUUGAACAAGUCCACUCGAGUUGGAGCCACGAAAUUGUCUACAGGAGGCAAGACGACACGCCUCGGUGCGACUAAACUCGCAACCGGUGAUGAUUUCGACUUUGACGACAUCCCGUUCGAGAAUCCACCGCCGCCUCCUCCUAGUGCUGAAGAGCUCUCAACAGAGAAACAGAUAAAGGAUGACGAGGCCUUGGCACGGGCAUUGCAGGAGGACGAAGAGGAGCGCACAUCAGCGGCAGCACCGGCGCCGGCAACGUAUCAGCCCGCUCCGGUUCAAACGCAGACGUUGGACAAAUACAAGAACGCCAAGUCUAUUUCGUCCGACAACUUUUUCGGUGGUGAGGCGGCGCAGGCAGAUAGCUCGAAGCUGGCAAGAUUCCAGGGCUCUCAGUCGAUCUCGAGCGAUGCUUUCUAUGGCAACAACUCUCGUGGUCGAUCGGCGUCCGGAGAGCUGACGGACGAAGCUGCCUACCAGUUGCAGCUGAUGAAGGACAACAUGACCAACAAGGCGGCCAAGCUGAAAAACAUGACGAGCGGAUUUUUCAACGACCUGCAGACUCGCUACUCAUAGGCAGCAACGACGACCAGCAUCCGUCGAGCUGUACAUGUAGUCAUAUUGGAUCGAUCCACGUGGCAGCUCUUAAGAACCUGCGCACAGUUAAUAUAGCCGGAAAGGUGGUGACAAUA